AUGAGAGAGACACAAACGUCUUUUGACUUUUCUCUCCUGUCAUUAUCAGCCUUAUCAGUGUUUAUUAUUGACUGCAAAUUAAUGUUGACAUUAUCGAAAUCAUUUUGGUUUAAUAGACAAUUAUCUAGAACAUUUAAAACAUCAGCUAUAAAAAUGGUAAAAUACCUGAACCAAGAUGAGGCAAUAAACAUUGACAAGGAUCUUUUUGAUAAAUACAAAUUUAGUGUUGAUCAAUUAAUGGAACUUGCUGGUCAAAGUUGUGCAAUUGCAUUUACAAAAGUUUAUUCAUUAUCAUCAUCUAAAAAAAUAUUAGUUUGUUGUGGUCCUGGUAAUAAUGGUGGUGAUGGUCUUGUUUGUGCAAGACAUUUGUCAUUAUAUGGCUAUAAACCAGAAAUUUAUUAUCCAAAAAAAACAACAAAUAAUUUAUUUAUAAAUCUUUUACAUCAGUGUCAAGAAAAUGAUAUACCAAUUUUAGAUGACAUAAAAAAUAUCAAGGAAUCUUGUUAUUAUGAUGUUAUUAUUGAUGCAUUAUUUGGAUUUAGUUUCAAGCCACCAGUUAGAGAUACAUUUGUACCAAUUGUUGAUUUUAUGAAGACAUCAUCAGCUCCAAUAUUUAGCAUUGACAUACCAUCUGGCUGGGAUGUUGAAAAUGGACCACCUGAUAGUGAUGCUAUUAAACCAGAUAGUCUUAUCUCAUUAACAGCUCCAAAAUUAUGUGCCACUAAAUUUGAAGGAAAAAAUCAUUAUCUUGGUGGAAGAUUUGUACCUAAAAAAUUAGAAAAUCAAUAUCAAUUGGAUCUUCCAGAAUAUCCUGAUACUGAAUUAGUCAUUAAACUUUAA